AGCAUUCACCUCGCAGAGCCCAGGCCGCCCAGCCCGGCGCCCGAGCCAUGCGCAAGGCGGCACUGCGGCUAGGCGGCUGCGCGCGGGCCUGGAGGUCGGUGAGGAUGGCUAGCUCCGGCGUGACCCGCCAGAAACCGCUCGCGAAUAAGGUGGCCCUCGUUACGGCCUCCACCGACGGGAUCGGCUUCGCAAUCUCCCGGCGUCUGGCCCAGGAUGGGGCCCAUGUGGUCAUCAGCAGCCGGAAACAAAAGAAUGUGGACCGCGCAGUGGCCACACUGAAGGGGGAGGGGCUUAGUGUGACAGGCACCAUAUGCCAUGUGGGGAAGGCCGAGGACCGGAAGCAGCUGGUGGCCAUGGCUGUGAACCUUCAUGGAGGUAUUGAUAUCCUGGUCUCCAACGCUGCUGUCAACCCCUUCUUUGGAAGCCUGAUGGAUGUCACUGAGGACGUAUGGGACAAGAUUCUGGACAUUAAUGUGAAGGCCACAGCCCUGAUAACAAAAGAAGUGGUGCCAGAGAUGGAGAAACGAGGAGGUGGCUCAGUAGUGAUUGUGUCUUCCAUAGCAGGCUUCUCUCCAUUUCCGGGCCUGGGUCCUUACAAUGUUAGUAAAACAGCCUUAUUGGGCCUUACCAAGAACCUGGCCUUAGAGCUGGCUCCAAAGAACAUUAGAGUGAACUGCCUGGCACCUGGACUCAUCAAGACUAAUUUCAGCAGUGUGUUGUGGAUGGACAAGGCCAAAGAGGACAGCAUAAAGGAAUCCAUGCAUAUUAGAAGGAUCGGCAAGCCAGAGGAGUGUGCAGGCAUCGUGUCUUUUAUGUGCUCUGAAGACGCCAGCUACAUCACAGGGGAGACAGUGGUGGUAGGGGGGGGAUCUCCAUCCCGCCUCUGAGGACCGGGGCAGACCCUUUUGCCUAUCAUACUACUCACCCCACAAAAUCAGUUCUGCCCCACCAGUCAAGGAGUGGUCUGAUGAGGGUUCUCACUGUUGCUGUGGCCUUGGAUAAAGGCUUCCUUGAGAACACAGUGCAAGCCUAUUGAGAAGCCUGCAUCUACCUUAGCAAAGACCCACAAAUAUUUUUUUCCUAGAUCUCUGGGGAAUUUGAGGGGAGAUGGGAGAGAACCUGGAGUGGAAGGAACAGGGCUGGAAAUUAACAGCUUGCAAAUGAGGUGCAAAUAAAAUGCAAAUGAUCGCCUUGC